AUGGACGAGGCCCCGCUGCUGGGCGCGAUGCCCGGCCCGGAGGAGGAGGUGGUGAGCGGCCUGUUCGGCGCCGACGGUCAGUUUGUGCCCGAGAACAUGGCGCUGAAGCCCCCGGCGGCCAUCAAACACGAGGAGGACGAGUUCCACGUGCUGAGGGACGCCUACCUGUGUGCGGCCGAGCCCCAGGGGCCGCUGCUGGGCGCCGACGGCCAGGCCAAGGUCAAGGUGGAGCUGCUGGUGGAGGAGCAGGCCGAGGAGCAGCUCCUCGCGGAGUACCCGGAGCUGCCCGAGCUGCACCCGCUGGAAGACGCCGCGCUGCCCGCAGCUCCCCAGGCGCACACCUACAACCUGCACUUCCUGUCCUCAGUGCUGGCCCCGCACCGCAGCCCGGCCGUGGUGCCCCUGGGUGCCUGGGCCAGGGAUGGCGCCGCCCACCCUGGCGUGCGCGUGAUUCCAGUGGAGAUAAAGGAGACAGGCGGUACUCCUGCCGGCGGCCACCCGGAGGAAGCACCCUUCCCGAGCCCUCUGCCCCAGGAGGCCUGCUGCAGGUUCCCGCCGUCCCAGGAGGCCGAGGAUGCCACCAGCGCGGCCCGCAGGAAGGACUCCAGCCCCAUGGUGAUCUGCCAGUUGAAAGGCGGGACGCAGGUGCUGUGCGUCGACAGCUGUGGCACGCGAGAGCUCAAGGCGCUUCCCCUGCUUCCUCAGUACCAGGAGCAAGGCAGCUACCUGCAGUCGGACGUUCCUAAAGCGAUGCCGGCUUCAGCAGGAAGAUUCUUGCCAGUACCGGCGAAAUUCAGUCUCAUUCCACAGCAGGUUGACAACGGAGCCCUGCCAGCGGUGGUCAGCGGGUCUGCCUUCUCCAGCUCCACUCUCCCAGGACCCCCCAAAGGCGUCAUGUCUGGGUACUGUGACUGCUUUGCCAGUGGGGACUUUUGCAACAACUGCAGUUGCAAUAAUUGUUGCAACAAUCUGCGCCAUGAGCUGGAGAGGUUUAAAGCCAUUAAGGCGUGUCUCAAUAGGAAUCCAGAAGCUUUGCAGCCCCAAAUCGGGAAAGGCAAGCUGGGAGACAUCAGGCCUUGCCAUAGCAAGGGCUGCCACUGCAAGUGGUCGGGCUGCCUCAAGAACUACUGCGAGUGCUACGAGGCCAAGGUCAUGUGCUCAUCUGUUUGUAAAUGCAUUGGCUGCAAAAACUACGAAGAGAGCCCCGAACGGAAGACACUCCUGGGUAUGCCACGUUGCGUGGAGGCUGGGGACGUGGAAGGCCACUGCUUGUCACCUGCCAAGUGUCCAGGCCCACCAGAAUGCAGAAAAGAGAGGCAGCCCGCAUCCUGCAUCUCGUGGGAGGUGGUGGAGGCCACAUGCGCCUGCCUGCUGGCCCAGGGCGAGGAGGCCGAGAAGGAGCAGCGCCCCCAGGGCUUGGCGGAGCAGCUCAUCCUGGAGGAGUUCGGGAGGUGCUUGUCGCAGAUCCUGCACAUCGAGUUCAAGUCCAAGGGGCUGAACGUGGAGUGA